GUCUCUGGCUGCCUUGUCUGUGCUGAUAAAAUAAAGAUGGUGGGUUUCAGCAGAAAAUAGAUCUUUAUACCAUGUACUUGAUUUCAGCAAUAGCACCUUUGUAUUUUAACAAGCCGUUAUUAAUUUGACCCACACCACGCCUCCAUAGACCGAUAAAGCAAACAAAUAUCGUGUGUUUCUCAUAAUCAGUUUUAUUUUUCACUGGGCUGGAGAAUAUAUUGCUGUAUUUUAUUAUUCAAAUUUGUUUUUUUGCUAGCUGUAAAUUUGCAAUUUCAGUUUAAUAUCCUGGAUUUUUUAUUUUCUUUGAAGUUAAGCUGUCGAGACAUGGAGAAGGCGGAUUUCUUAAAAGGUCUGCCCGUUUACAACAAGAGCAAUUUCAGCCGGUUCCAUGCAGACUCGAUGUGCAAAGCGUCAAACAGGAGACCGUCUGUCUACCUCCCCACGCGGGAAUACCCGUCCGAACAGAUCAUAGUCACUGAGAAGACUAACAUCCUCCUGCGCUAUCUCCAUCAACAGUGGGACAAAAAGAACGCCGCAAAAAAGCGGGAGCAGGAACAAGAGCAGGGAGAGAGCCCGGCGCCCCCGAGGAAAAUCGCCCGGACAGACAGCCAGGACAUGAACGAGGACACUUAGACAGCACGUCCGCAGUGCGCCGGACAGACACGCAGACAAACAGACUGUCGGACAGAGAGCCAGGACUUGGGCAAAGGCACCUAAAAAUAGUGUUUUUUUUUUUUUUUAAAUAUGUAACUCUUUGCAAACGUUUCCCCUUGUCUCAGUUCUUUUUCCACCGCACUGCUCAGCCUUGGACAGAAGGGGGCACCACAAGCCCUUUCUGCUGCGACACUUACUGGGUUUGAUUCGAAGGGGUCUGACUGGAAGAGGAUUGCUGGGAACACAGUUUUUUGUUUGAGUAGCAGCAAUGCUCAGGCUAGGUUUAAGCUGAUCAGCAAACGAAGACAUUUGUAUUUUUUUUUUUUAAUUGGGCUAUUAUUAUUUGUUGUUAUGAGUUUUGUUUGCUAACUUGUAAGUGUUGGAUUUACAUGUUUCUUUUUAAACUAUGGCAAGCCAGCUGCCUGCGAGUGGCAUCUGCGUUCUGGUUUUAGAUUCGGAUUGCAUUCCUGAAUGUGGAAUGAGCACUGAGUCAGGAUCGGUUUGUAUUUCCACUGGCUAUCCGCUCCCGCACCACAUAGUACAGAAAUCCCACGUCCAGUCUCUGGGAUUGACCGUUUUUAGUUUUAAAGCCCAGUGCCCAGCUGUAAGUCUGACGGCUGCCAGCUUUCUCAAGGAAGCACAAGAGUAAAGACCAGCUUUGAUGCUUUUUCAUGUCCAGAUCGUGGGUUCUAAGCAGUACUUAAGAUAAGGUGUUUUUCUUGUUUGUUUGUUUUUUUCCUUAAGGUUAUAAAUAAAUACUGCUGAGGCUUUAAGUAUGCAAAACUAGUACUAGACAGAAUCCUUCAGUUAUCUUGCAAGUAAGUGAGUUUUGUGUGUCAAGCAGUGUUUUUCAGUGGCUAAUCUUGAAUGCCCAUUUGAAACAUCGGCAACGGGACUUGCCAAGUGACACUGAUAGCUUCAAUUGUCCUCCAUUCCUUGAGACGCUGUCUUAAGUUUCUGCCUCUUAAGUUUUCUACUGAGCUAAAAAUGUGUUCAUGUAUCACAGCUGUAAUCAGGUGACUUCCAGGAGUGAACGCUUCCUGUCUCAUGUCCAGUGCAGCUAGCGGUCAGGUGAUCUUGGUUUAGCCCAAUCAUCAGUUAGCAAACCGAUGCAUCAUUGGGUAGCCAAACCAAGGUGCCCUAGUCACACUGGGGGUGAUUUUCAAAGCUCGGUAACAUUUUGUUCAGUCAAAUCUCUUAAUAAAGCUCUGGAAUUAAAAAAAAAAAAAAAAAUGAUAUUAAUUUUAUGCACAUUCAUCACCCUUAACUAUAAAGCAUUCUGUGGCGUUGUAUGUAGUAACACUAAAAGCGUUUUCACUAUUGAGUCUCAGUGUCUUCAGUGUUGCACAUUUUCUUAACUGAGCAAAACAAAACCAGAAUAAAAAAAAUAACCUUCGAGAAAGUUUCCAAUCAGCGAGCUCCUCCCCGUACCCAAAGUGCUUUCACUGUCGUACCAUUGGGUAACUUUCAAAGUGUCAUGUCUUUACUGCACUGUGAGACAAACUGUAACUGCAAAACCUGACCUGCCCUUAAACAGUGUGCUUUGUGGCGUGGUUGCUAAUGCCAUGUGUGUGUGUGUACAUACAAAUAAAUAAAAAUGUCAUUUGGUGAGUUUGCAGUGUACAGAUAGCUGUCUGAUCUUAAACUGUUGAUCCAAACUGCACUGUGUUGUAGCUUCUCUGCUUGCUAAUAGAGGCUAGUGCAACUCGGGUCUUGUUCCCAUAUACAGCAGCUUUAGAAUAUGUUUUCUGUACAUGUCUCCUGCCAGAUGAUCCUUCCGAGGAAAUAUAUAUAUUUCGCUGAAAGUCCUGGUAAAAAGAUGUGUGUGUUUUUUUUUUUUUUUUUAAUUAGUGCUGUUUGUGCCUGGAGUGUAACAACAAGGGGUGGGGUCCAGGAGGCAAGGGUCCUGUCCAUAGGAAGGGGGGCUGGAGAAAACACCAAACUUUCACAGCAGUUUCUCAGACCUGAGUGAAGCGGCUUGAACAUUUCUAGUGCCCCCUAGUUAAUUAUUGUAUACUUUUUAAAAAAAAAAACAAAGGAAAUCUGGUAGAUUUUAUUAUUAUGUUCAUGCAUUUCCAUGAACCCCUGCACACCAAGCGCAACAAACACAAAACAACCUGUUCUAGUUACUAAUACAUUUCAGAAACAUGUUUUCUUUGCGUUUGUAAAAGCUGUUCACUGAAAUCGUCAGCUCGUCUACGUUUGUGAUCGAGUGUUUAAAGUUACACUUCUGGUUUCAAAGAUCUCGAUUCACACUCUUGGGCUUCUUAAGUAAUGGAGUGCCGAGACAGAGGGCAGUCAGGGACUUCGUUACGAGCCGGUAGGUGAUGGCGGCAUUCUCCUUAAUGAGGGACAAAGCUUCAGAUAAAGGCACAGUUCAUACUGAAAAAGGGAUAGUUGACAACUUUGCAUUGGAGAAGGCAGACGAGAUCUGCAGUGAGGAGAAACCCUGUAUUAUCUCCAUUCCCUUCUCUGAAGACUGUCAAUCGAUGUGCUGGUCCUUGCAUUGGCUACCACUUUGUAAAUAUCGUGGUGUUUUAAGAGAUGUUUGGGUCUGCUGUUACUCCAGUCGUCAUUUUGUUUUGUGUUCUGUUGUUGAUUUAGGUUUUUUUUUUUUUUUUUAAA